UCCCUGGCAGCAGCUCACCUAAAGUUGAUUAGCAGCGUUUUCUUGUAAAAUUAAAGAAUGCGAACAAAACGACAUUUUACAUUACAACGCAGGUAGUAAAUGGCAUCAAAUCCCUCAGUAAGUUUGGUAUACAGACCGAUCAAAUACGGCUUUAAUCGUGAUAUCUCAGGACUGCGAUGACCUGCAAAUUAAGUGGCCUGUUCAACAUUGGUGAGGACUUUGAUGAUGAGGACCUGCUCGGGACCGACUGGGCUGUCCGCUCAGCGCCUGGAUCAGCUGAUGUGGCAGCUGCUGUGUCCUCCCGCUCGCUGCGGGCUUCCUCUGUUUCUCACAGAGAGCCGGAGAAAAACUGCGUUCAGCAAACUGCAGAGAGAUCAGCUGCUCUGUGCAUCAGCUCGGCAUCGAGGAGCAGCACACACACCGCUGCAGGACAAACUGUUGCUCAGGGUUUGAGGCGGCCCUCUUCCUCCUCCUUUUCCUCUGCUCAGACUCAUCCUCACACACUGGAUAAAUCUCAGCCUGCUUUGACACACCAACAGAGUCCUGCCAACACGGCGGGACUGGAUGAUUUUGAUGAUUGGGAUGUUGACCUGGCAGACCUGGAUGAGUGUGACCAGCAGAUGGUGCAGUCUGCUGCUCCAGCCCAACCUGCACCUGCGUUUAAUCCUGCAACUUCAGCAAAAACACUGCGACCCCCGACAAGCAGCGGACCUAAUCGGACCCUGAGAGACUUGAACGUUGCUCCCCAGGCCCCUGGCUCUUCUAGUAGUUACCUACCUACUCGGAUCUGCUCCACUCAUGUUCUCAGAACGGCAAACCCCCGCCCCUCUCCCCUGUCAGCGCCUCCUCAGAGUCAAAGUGUUUUCUCUGGCCUUACUGUGUCUUCCCCUGCCCCCAUCCCCAUUUCCAGGACACUCAACAGGCCCCAGAGACCGUGGGCAACACCAGGACCCUCCCCUCAGGGCCGUGCAAUCUUUGAGUCAUUCUCCCCAGCGCCCUCUUCCUGUUCCUCACUGAACCCCUCCACCCUCAGCCCUCAUCCCCUUCACACACCGGUCCUCACCAACCGCCUGGUGCAGCUGGUCUCAGCCUCCAAUAAGCUCCCUCAGAGAAGAACCCGCUCCGAGGCCCACCGGCCCAGGACCCGCCGCUUCCCGGGGCCCGCAGGGUUCCUGCCAGAGCAGCUUCAGGGUCAGAAGCUGGACGACAUCGUGGUCUCUGUCCCUCAGACUCCGGCUCACGGUGCUGUGGCCCGGUCACCAAGCCAGGGCUCCUGCUCACAGACUGAAGAAGACGAGUUCAGCGGUGGUCCCUGGGCUGCGAUGAAAGCAGAGAUGGGAUUGGACGAGAGGAACCCCUCGUGCUUCCUGUACUCCUACAGUGUAGUCAUGGUUCUCCGAAAGGCUGCGCUGAAACGGCUGGCGAAAAACAAAGUUCCCAAUAUGGCCGUGCUGCUGAAGAGCAUCAUCCACACACACGCUGAUGCCAAGGUUGUGUUUAAAGACCCGACAGGGGAGAUUCAGGGAACGAUUCAUCGGCGCCUCCUAGAAGACCGAGUGGAGGAGCUGAAGGUGGGAGCUGUACUGCUGCUCAAACAGGUGGGUGUGUUUUCCCCUUCCCAUCGUAACCAUUACCUGAACGUGACGCCCAACAACCUGCUGAAGAUCUACGGCCCUAAUGGAGUCAGUCUGUCCUCCACUCAGCUCCACCCGCUCCUCCUGGAGCCGAUGUCCCCCGCAGGUCCCCCCCCCACCGUCCUCCGGGAGCCCGUGUCUCGGAUGCAGCUGGUGUUUGACGAGGACGAUGAUGAGGGACAAGAAGGGGAAAAAUGCUCGGAGAUACGUGAGGACGCGGAAACCCCAAGAGACACGAGAGCCGGCCCCAGCAGAGAGCAUGCUGGGAACACAGCAGCACAGGACUCAGGCUGGGAUGCAGAUGAUGACCUGGAUGAACUCCUGGGAGACUUACCUGAAGACACCUACAGCCUCUGAUAACCCAUCAGCAAACCUCCUGCACACACCGUCUCCACCGACUGGAGUCUGUGUUACAUUUUCAGUUCAUAAAUAUCACAGAGAAAAGUUAAUUUGUUGAUGCUGUCAUUUCUCUGCAUCACUGGAGAUGGAUUUGUUUUAAGAAGCAGUCACUCGAAGCCAACACAUGCUCAUUAAUCACUUGCAAAAGCUCCUGAAAUCAGCUGUUUGUUUUCAACUUCACGUCUUAUAUUCUCACAAAGAAUAAUUCUGAGAUUGUCUGCGUUGGUGUAUUUUGGCAGAUACUCUUUCAUUGUUAUCUAUUGUUGCACUUUAAUUAAGUGAUCUUGCAAUAAAGGAAUCUAUCUACAAA